UGACCUUCAACACACUCUUCCCUCCUUUUUUUCUUCUUUUCUUUCGCCUCUCAUUCCUCAACCUGACCCUCAUUUCAGAUUCGCAAUGUCCUCUGCACCUCGUCUCGUGAUCACCUCCAACAGAGUUCUGCGCUCGCCUGCCGCGCCUGCAGCGCCAGGAACCAUUGUCGUAGACAAGGCAACGGGAAAGAUCGUCGAAGUGCUCGAUACCAUCAAGAGCCGUGAGAAUUUUUCUCAGGAGCAGGUUCACCAGGGCGAUUUUAUUGAGGCUGGUGACAACGUUGUCAUGCCCGGAGUCGUUGACGCUCACGUCCAUAUCAACGAGCCUGGAAGAACUCAUUGGGAGGGGUUUGCCACCGCCACCAAGGCCGCUGCCGCCGGUGGUGUCACAACGUUGAUUGACAUGCCAUUGAACUCUAUCCCUCCAACAACUACCGUCGAAAAUCUUCACGUUAAGAGGGAUGCCGCCCGCGGACAAACCUACGUCGAUGUCGGCUUUUACGGAGGAGUGAUCCCCACUAACGUCAAUGAUCUUAUCCCUCUGGUCAAGGAGGGCGUCAAGGGUUUCAAGUGCUUCAUGAUCGAAUCUGGUGUUGAUGAGUUCCCCUGUGUGAAUGAGGAGGAGAUCAAGGCGGCGAUGGAGAAGUUCCAGGAAACGGAUUCUGUAUUCAUGUUCCACGCUGAGAUGGACUGUGGCGACAUGCCCAAUCCCGACGGCAUGGAUCCCAAAGCCUACAACACAUUCCUGCACCAGCGCCCUCAGGUCCUGGAGACGAAUGCUAUCCGGACGAUCAUUAAGUUGGCAAAGCAGUACCCCAAGGUCCGGUGCCACAUUGUGCAUCUGUCGGCGGCCGAUGCUCUGCCGAUGAUCCGGGAGGCGAAGAAGGAGGGAGUUCGUUUGACGGUCGAGACAUGCCCACAUUACUUGUCGCUGAACUCUGAGAUUGUUCCCGAGGGAGCAACGGAGUACAAGUGCUGCCCUCCGAUUCGUGAGGAUGAGAACAGGGAUAAGCUGUGGGAGGCAUUGAAAGAAGGAACGAUCGAUUAUGUGGUCUCGGAUCACUCGCCUUGCGUGGUUGAGUUGAAGCUGAUGGAUGCGGGUGACUUUGUUGGUGCUUGGGGUGGUAUUGGCGGCCUACAGUUUGGUAUCCCAGUUGUGUGGACGGAGGCUCGUCGCCGCGGAUGCACUAUCCAGGACUUGACCAAGUGGCAGAGCUACAACACAGCGCGCCAGGUCGGAUUGGGCGGUAUCAAGGGUUCGAUUAAGGCUGGAGCGGAUGCCGAUUUUGUGAUCUGGAACCCGGACGAGACGUUCGUGAUCACGAAGGAGAUUAUUGAGUUUAAGAAUAAGGUGACGCCGUAUAUGGGUCGCACAUUGCAUGGAGUUGUAAAGGAGACGUUUGUCCGUGGACAGAAGGUCUGGUCCCAGGGCAAGUUCACGUCGGAGGCUGCGCUCGGCAAGCUCCUCUUGUAAGAAAAAUACCAAGCAUGCAUACCAUUCUUAAAUAGACGAGUAAAACAAAAACGAAUUAUCGUC